UGUUCACAUAGCUACUCCGCACAAUGUAAGACAGGGUAGGGAACAUCAUGUUGUUCGCUGCGUUUGUUUUCACCUCUCUACAAUGUGCCAUGGCAGGUACACUGUUCAGAAAAGUUGGAGGUAACCUUGACGUUGAUGUUCCGCUCAAUUCGUUGCCAUUCCUAUAUGUGGUCAGUCCUAAUCAUGAACUGUUAUGUGUAAUAAUCCAAGUGAAAGAGACGAUGGAAAUAUUCCCUGGUCAUCAUAAGAUGUUCCGAUGCAGAAAUUCCACCGAGAUGGGAAAGGUCAAGAUGUCUUUGACCAACAUAACCAGAGAGGAUGCAGGACCCUAUGGUUGGUCACUGGGCUCAAUGCAAAGGACCAACGGCACGCUGAUGACGUUGUUUGUGACAGACAGACCAACUCUCCCGACCAUACACCUUCUAGAAACUCCUGUUUUCGGUCACCAAGUCACAGUUAGAUGCGAGUCAAAUUCAACAACCAUACCCGCGAACCAUUCCCUGGUAAUGGGAUACCAGUGGUUCCAGUACAAUCAUCUACUUGGUAACAACAGCAACAUCGGUAUUUUUGGACAUUCGUUAAUAAUAACACAUCUCAAAAGCCGUCGGGAACGCCAGUAUGAAUGCUUGGCAACUGAGGGAGAGUCUGAAUCACCCAUGGCGACACUAAAGUUCACUCCUGAAUAUGGACCAUACGACCUUGAUGUUAAUGUAUCUGGGACAGCGAGGCUUGAAGAGGAUACCAGCUUGUCUGUGUCGUGUGCUGCUGACUGUAAACCAGCCUGUACCUACAUGUGGCUGAAACAGGAGAGACGACUGCAUGACACAGAGUCAGGGAUGAUGGUACUGCAACAGGUCAGAAGGAUACAGAGUGGGUACUAUAGCUGCAAGGCUUCCAAUAUCCAUGGCGAUCUGUCAAAGCCAGUCCUUGUGGACGUUCUGUAUCAACCACACAUUGUAAAAGGAGCAACCUUUACUCGGACACAAAAAAUCAACGAGGGUCAAGAGGUUGAUAUGAGAUGUGAUGUCGACAGCAACCCAGCACCAACCACCACGUGGCUGAAAGACGGCAUCACAGUGAAGCAGAGGGUGCUCGAUGGGGAUGUGCCCACGAUCAGCGGAGCCCAGCACAUCUUCAGCAACAUCUUCACAAAGAAAAGUGCAGUUUGUCGAGAUGGCGGCCGGUACAGAUGCCAAGCCAAGAAUGGUGUUGGAACUGUAGCAGAGGAGACCGUUACUCUGAGUGUGAUGUGUUCUGUGCGCAUGGCCGGUGAUCAUCCUCGUUCAUUCAUUACCCCGAGAGGAACAACGCAGAAUGUCACAGUAGAUGUCAUCGCUUACCCCGAACCGGAACUUGUUGGAUGGAAGCAUAUUGUGGGUGGCAAGGAGGCCGUGGUCCACAAACAGAGGGUUAUCAUGACGUAUGUUGCCAUGCCAAAUGAAUUUGAACAUCGUGUGAUUUUAACGCAUAUAGACGUGAUGGACAGUGACCAAGGGGAGUAUAGUACAGAAAUGACCAAUGGUGUUGGAAGAAGCCUUGAGUACAGUUACAUCAUAACUGUUCAAGUUCCUCCUAAGGCACCCGAGGAUCUGACAGUUGCCUUUGUUGGAGAAACAUAUGCUACUAUCAAGUGGAGGGAAGGAUUUAAUGGACACGCUAUUCAACACUUUGAAAUAUCAUUCAAACAUGCACGUGCAACCAAGAACCAACCCUGGACUGUUGACCCGACCAUGAUCAAUGAAGGCACCACGCAGGUAAACCUCCGUGGCUUAGACGAAAGAACUGGGUACAGGAUCCGUGUUCGAGCAUGGAACGACAUUGGAACAAGCGGUUACUCCAACGAGCUGAUUAUUCAGACAUAUGGACAAGGGAAAACAGCCCAAGCAGAGAGUCGCUCGGAACCACGUGACCGGGAGGGACAAACAACCCAGCGCACAAUAUCGGAUCACGCAUCUUCUGAUGAAAACACUCACGUGAAGGAAAAUGAAACAUCAUUCAAUGGGUUCUAUCCUCAAUCACACGGUUCUCGUAUCACUGGGAUCGUAUUCGCUUUGAUCGGAACAUCUGUGGUGUUCCUAAUUGUUUGGUUUCUCUUAUUGAAAGGACCAUUAAAGUGUAUGCUGAUGCGCCUCGGCGUCAGCCUGAACCAGCACAGGCAAAUCAGAGUACUGGAAAACUCGUAUGAGUUGUCGACACAAGGCGACUGUGGCGCUGAUGGAUAUGAUGAUGGUGACGAGAAGGCUGGAUGCUCAUCGCGAUUAAGCGAACACAUCUAUGACGUGCCUGACGUGGUGGGGGCGUCAAGCAAUGACGCACCUGCCCUGUACUUGACAACAUCAGAAAGAUACACAAAACUGGAACAACCCCGCCAGAGAAUGACAUGUGAAUUUUAGUUAUUCGCGAUUCAUAAGUCAGAUUACUUUCUGAUCCAAAAUCCCACAUUGACACGCCGUGAUAUAACUGCGAUAUUGUAUAAUCAGUUUAAAGCGGCGUUAAACCAAACGCAUGCACUGAUGUAAAUAAUAUACUUUGUCAUUCAUAUGCAUAUGAUCGCAAACAUAGUGUUCAAAGUGUAAACAUAUUAUUCAUAUUAAAUAGUCACAAUAAAAAUUUAAUAAAAAUAAUAAUACUAUCGUUAUUCAACCAUAAGUUUCGAGUGUGUGUCCUGAUCUCAUCUUUAAAAACAUUACGUGUAUUUGAAGGCACACCAUAAUUAUUUUUUUAAAAAUUUAUUGCACGGCGCCAGUUUAUGGUUUGAGAAAGUUACAUGGUGAUGAGUAAUAGUUGGAAAGAUGUAAACAAACUUUUAAAAGAAGCUUUAUCUUCGUCUCACAUAUUAUAUUAUACAUAAAUUAUUAUGAAAAUAUUUUUUAAAACAUUCCUAACUGUAAAUUAUUACCCUAAACAUCGGGCACAAUCCGUUUACCUGCCCCUUCGCCUGCAGCCGCAAGGAGGCGAAGCUAAGAGUACAGUCAAGCUGUUUCCAACUGAAUUCAGCAUUUCGCUGCGGUGAAACGUUGACCCAUUUCCGUGUAGCGGGUCUGUCUGUCGAGAGGGACAGGGACAGACCUACAUCAUAGCGCUAUGUGGCAAAAGUCGACCCAGUUAUCGGGUAGCGAGAUAUUAGCACUUCUCGACAGUGUUAAUAAUAGACGUGUUAGGCUACAGGAGUAAACGUAUAAGCAUUAGGAAGCUUACUCUCAUAGAGAAGUAUGGUUCAUGGUUAAAAUAAACCCGCACUCACAACGUUAUGGGUUUUAAUUUUAACAAUCUGCAUGUCUCCACUAAUUUACUUCAUUAUAAAAUAAUAUUACAACAAUGUAGCUAUUACUUUGAAAAGAUUAAUUAUGAAGAAAUAUUAAUAACGUUACCACUGUAAAUAUAUCAUGUAUACCACAAUGAUUGUGUCAGCCUUAUACCCUUGUUCCUUCAAAACCAUAACAAAUGUUUCGGGAAGUCAUUGUUGUGAAAACAUAUUACUAGUUGUGUUUUCAAUAAAUACUUUUAUAUUAUAUAAAUAAUAAAAACUGAAAUGUGCCAUAUUCUUAUUCUUGAUUCUGAAGGUACCACAUGCAAAUUACAAUCCUUUUAUCGUAUGCUGAGUGCAUGUGCGCUUUGUGGCAGUAUAGAUACUUGCAUCAAUAGAUAGGUAUGCUACAAAAUCCCUUUGCGCCGUGUUGAUCUGCUGGAUCAAAGUUGUCUUGUAUUAUAUUAUACUAUACAUACAACCCAAGCUGCUUAAGGGAGCUAGAGGUUUCCAUCUCACAUACUGGAACCUACCUAUUCCCUGCUGGGUGAGCGGAGGCACAUUUUAACUAAGUCACUUGGCCUGUGUGACACCACACCUUUUGACACGUGUUUCGUGUUUCCACCAUCUGGUCAUCUGGGGCGGUCGGGUAGCCUAGUGGUAAAAGCGUUCGCUCGUCACGCCGAAGACCCGGGUUCGGUUCCCGACAUGGGUACAAUGUGUGAAGCCCAUUUCUGGUGUCCCCCGCCGUGAUAUUGCUGGAAUAGUUCUAAAAGCGGCGUAAAAUCAUACUCACUCACUCACUCUGGUCAUCUAACAGUGGAUGAGUGGGUUCUUUAGAGUGCACAGGGUGAAAGAGUGAGUAUGGUUUUACGCCAUUUUUUUAAUCAAUAUUCCAGCAAUAUCACGGCGGGGCUUCACACAUUGUGCCCAUGUGGGGAAUCGAACCCGGGUCUUCAGCGUGACGAGCGAACGCUUAAACCACUAGGCUACUCGACCGCCCCUGCACAAGGUAAAUGUCCUGUACACUAGGGGUGAUGACAACACUGUAAAGACCUGUAAAUAGUAUUGGUACCAAGGCUGAAUAACAACCCGGUGACGAUCUCAGCACCUUACGAUUGCUAGACUGGUUCUUUUGACCGCUUGCACAACCCGCCCCCAUUCUCAUUUUCAGAUAUUUAAAACGACCUAAAACCAGCCUUUGUUACACAUUCUAGUCGUGCCGUGUUCGGUGUUGUUAAAUUAAACACUUCAAGUGUUGAAACGGUGACUUGAAUAUUCAUUUAUGUUUAUCCGUGUUUUCCUUAUGUCUCACCGUAAUAAUCCUUCUUUGACAGUUUUUUUUAUUGUUUGAAUGUAUAUAUAUAUAAUGCAUAACGUUUUGAUAGUCACGAUAUGGCUGAAAUACUGCCGAUGUGACAAUAAAUCUUAACUCACUCACCCACUCACUCACCCACUCACCGUAAUAACACGAUGUUUUAUAUGUUUGUGUUAUAUCUGUAAGCUUUGUCAUGUACAGAUGUCAACAUGUUCAAUUCAUUUUCAAUAUAUAUGCUACUGAA